AUGCUCUACAGAAUAGAUUACGAUUUACGGACUAGUGACUACUGACUACUAUAAUAGUAUGAGUUUUUUUAUAUUAUGUUCUAUUAAUAUUAUGGAAGUGGAAGUAUUGAGACGAGAGCUUUUUUCAUAGGCAUGUCGAUUACUGAUAACGGAUGUUAAAAUUUAUUAUAAAUUUAGUGCCUAAAUAGUAAAUACUAAAUGGUAAAUACUAAUUACUAAUUUCAGGUAGUAUUUAUCUGCCUAUUACCUGUACAUUUUUUCUAUUUUUUUCCGCUAUUAUCCGUAUUAAUAAAACGUCCAAAUAAUAAAUAUGUUAAUCUCAAUCUUAAAUUCUUUUAGUGUGUUAAAUGCCUAGAAUUGAUCGUUAGUUGGUAUUUUAAGUAUCGAUUGUCUUUUUAUUGUUUUUAAUGUCCUCGAAUUCUUUAUGUAUUAGUACAACUUAAUAAUAAUCGUCAUGUUUAAGACUUUUUUGUUUACCGUUCACUAUUAAACAUAACAUAACAUCGAUUUACAUAACUUAACUCAAAAUGAUGAAGAUUCCUGUUAUGGUGGGCGUUUUAUCGUUGAUCACCUUGUUGAAGGCUGAAUCAUAUGAAGACGCCCGUUGCAAAUGUGUUUGUACUAUAGUGAAUGGUACAGAAAUGUAUAAUAAAUUAUUUAUAGCUAAUGUUCUUCCUAGCAAUGAUUGUAACGGAGUAAGUUUACCUAUUAUUGGUGAAGUGAAUAAUACAAAAAAAGAAUUAUGUCCGCGAUGCACUUGUACUUAUGAGAGUAGAAACACUACAACUAUGAAAGUGGUUGUAUUGAUUGUGCUGUGCGUGGUAUCGUGUUUGGUGAUGUACAUGUUUUUCCUACUAUGCCUGGAGCCUAUGAUAAGAAGACGCAAGCUUGUUGGCGCAUACGUUGAGCACACCAACGAAGAGGUAUGUUCUUUAUUGGAGGCGACCAUGUCCGAUAGCGGUAGUUUUGAUGAUGUUCCACCUGCUGUUUCGUUAAACACAAGGGGAGGAAGUGAUCCAAUGGUUUCUGUAGCUAAUAGCAGUAAUGUUCUUAACAGAUUUGGACAUCAACAAGACAAAUGGAAGAAACAGGUGAAAGAACAAAGAAAAAAUAUCUAUGAUCGUCAUACUAUUCUCAAUUAAAUGUUUAAUUUUAAUACAUUUUUUAAUUUGUUAUUAUUGUUAUUUUUACACAAUUAGUUAAUAUUUAAAGACAAUUAAUUUAACUCUUUCUUUAAGUUUUUCAUCAUAAAUAUUAAAUGCUGCUGGUAUUUUUUUUACAUAUAUAAUCAGUUUCGUGAUGAUCUAUUUAUAUAUUAUCAUUAAUUUGAUCAUCAAAGAAAAAAUAGGGUUUUUUUAAAAAAAAACCAUUUUAAUUUUAAUUAUUUGUGUAUUAUGUAUUGUAUUUAUUAUAUUUUAACAGCCGUUACCUUACAUUAAAUUAAGCAUAUUCGUACGGCUUACAUGUAAACUCCCAUUGUGUGGCCAUUGCCAUCAAUGUCUUAAACAUAUUAUAUUAAUUACUAUUUAUACUAGGGGUUUCCAAACUUUUUUAUUCAAGGGCCACAAAAAAUAUCAUCUCUUAGCGGGCCAAAAGUUUAUACACAUACAAUUUUUAAUUUUUAAAUGUUAGAUAUAUCAUCUUGUAUAUUUAUUAUCCUAUGAGGGCCGCGGGCCGGUUAAAAUUUGUUCGAGGGCCGUAGUUUGGAGAUCCCUGAUUUAUACAAUAAAAAUAAUAAAUCCUAUAGUGAAAAAUAUUUUAAUGUUUAUUAAAUUACAUUUUUGAUUCUGAGCAUUGAGCCAUUGAAUAUAUUGAAUAUUGAUUUUACA